UCCUGCUGCUGCUGCUUGAGAAGAAGUUGGGCGGCUGAAAAGCAAAGAGAAGAGAGAUAAAACUUUGUGGCAAUGUGGCCGAAGAACCCAUGUGGUCAGUCCAUAAAGUGCCAAGAAGUGGAGGUGGUGGGCCUGCUCACUGAACCUUCCUUUCACAUGGCAGCUCACGCAGCGGAGACUCUUAGGAGAAAUUUCCCCACCAAGAUAGCUGAGCCUAAAGUACUUCCUUUAUUGCAGUUUGCAUGGGAUGAAUAUCUACAAGAAAAAAAGAAGGAACUGAGAGGUGAAACAUGGGAAUAUCCAUCCAAUGUGCUGUGUUUUGUUGAUGGUCAGCUUCUUGGAGAUGAAAAAAUGCUGCUGAAGUGGGCUUAUGAUGUUUGGGAUUAUAAAGACUUUAAGCCCAAAGCACUUUAUGAAGCAAUUACAUCAGAUUUCCUCACAAAAUACUUAAAAGCCAAAAAGCAUAUGUUUGUUUUCAUGGAAAUAGCCAUUCAGGAAGUUUCGAUUGGAAAAUUGCUCUUUGAGCUCUAUUCUGAUAUCUGCCCCAGAACAUGCCAUAAUUUCAAGUGUUUAUGUACAGGAGAGAAAGAGAACCCUGAGUCUGGACUGGUACUCACUUACAAGAAUUCAAUUUUUCAUCGAAUUGUAAAAAAUGGCUGGAUACAAGGAGGAGAUAUAAAUGGUGGAACAGGAACUGGAGGUGAAUCCAUAUAUGGACCCGUGUUUGAAGACAGGUGAUCGAGGGCUCAGAAGUUCUCCGGGAACUGGAACUAAUACAAACCUUCAAUGAGAGACCCGUGCUACCAUGCAGAAUUAUUAAUUGUAAUGUUUUCCAGCCAUGAUUACUGUAGAUGUUAAUUUAAUUUAAUUGUAUAGCUCUGUUCUGAUCGUAUGAUUUGUAGCAGUUAAAAAGUUGACAAAUAAAAAUUGCUUUUUAAUUUUUGCAAAAGAAUAAAAA